GACCCAAAACCGUAGAUAACCGCUGCAUGCGUCGCUAAUCGGGCCUUCUGGUUCGCUGGGUUGCUGCCAGAAAAUGGAAGUAGGCCCAUUUGCUAAUGGCCACCUAUAUUAUUGUACACGGCAUUGUAUUUUGUACUGCUAACACAUCGUAACGGUUGAUAUCGCGAUCGAUUGCUCGCAAAGACAGGUCAAGGCUUGAAUAAAAAGUAAUUUUCUCAAAAUUAAGGCCACCGUUGGACAAAACGCCUUCUAACCACGCUACCCUAACAGUUGCUAUACGUUUGUCAUGGUAACUCUUGGCCAGUUGAUUGGAGCAUGGCGGUCCGUGAUUCGAGUACGUGCUCCACCGUACUCCACCAAAUUGCAGUUCUGUGAAACUGCGAGCGGUUGUGUAUACGAAAAUUAUCUCUUACGCCGAUAACCAUGAAACAGUCAACAGGUCUACAUUAAUCAAGUUGAAUCAAGCGGCAGAUAAAAAAACCCCACAAAUUUCAAAUUUUAAAGAAGGAUCGCGUGCCGCUCAUUAAUUUCCGGUGGAAAUAUUGAUCGACAUUAAAUUGGAUUUCAUCGUCUCAUAUAUAAGAUUUCUCCGGGGAGACAGCGCAAUACACCUUCGGUUGGUCAAAGGAGCCGGCAGUUGGGUUUGACAACCGAGAAUGCGCGGGUUGGGAACGUUUCUCGUGGCUUUGGCCAUAUCCUCGCCGUCUGCUCUUGCACACACUUGCUAUUUCGGCCAGGAGGCUGAAUCAGAACCGGGCCCAGGCGGUUACACUCAGUACCAAUGGGUGCUGCAGGGGGAGGCUUCCCUCGACCCGUGCGGCUGUACUGCUUUCCAGCUGGGCGGCGUGAACACGGUGACUUUCGGUGGCGGCGUGCGCUCCUUCAACGUGUCUGAGCUCAGCAAAACACCGGAGGAGAUUCGCCGCACCCUGGACUGUCAGCAGGGUCUUGAUGCAGCAGAAGAUUCAACGCUCAUCACCAAUAACGGGGAUCCGAUUCGCUUCCCGUUCGAGCCAUUUACGACCUUCGUGCUGCGCAGUACGUUCGAGCUCAACACGGUCGAUCAGUCCGGCAAAGCACACUUCUAUCUGGCCACAAAUACUCCAGCAACGCAGACGAAUAGGCCACCUUACAUGAUAGAGUUCAUGGCGGCUCGAAUGAACAUACGCAAGCUGGACGCCUCCACCUCAAUCUACGAAAUGUUGGCAAGUGAGACCAUCCCGAGUGAUGCAGCGGCCAUUCGUCGAUUCAGAGUCCUCUACAAAUACCUCAUCGGCGAUCAGGACACCCCUACUGUCCUGAUCGAGGUCAUCUUCGAGAUGGACGGAGGAGGACAGUCUUCAUCAUUUGCCUCCGUCUCAGAUGGGAAGCUAGUGCACUAUGUGGGUAUUUCCUCGACAGUGCGUACACAGUGGAAAUUUCUGGAUCCUUAGUAGGGUUCACAUGUAUAUAAUUCAUUUUGGCGAACACAUUUGUUUUAAGAAUUUUUUUUUUUAAACAUCGUUAGACUAAUUUCCUUUGUGGUACUCGAAUUUGUUUUAUAACGGACACACUGGAAAACGACGCCAAAUACAACGACACGCAGAUUGCCAAUUUUCUUCAACGGCAAACCUUCAAUCCUGGCCAAAUCUCGCUGGCCCCCAACCCCCCCCCCGGCCCCACUCAAUGUUGUCUCAAACAUUGACCGUGGGAGCGGGGGAGUGGGGGAGUGCCUGGGUGACCGUGGCAGGCUCAGGAGGUGUCCAAACCAUUUUGGCCGGGAUUGUAGCUUAAUCGAGUAUUUAAAGAUAUUUUUCUCGGAAAAGAAGUUGCAACCUGACUCCACUUGUUAACUCGGUGUGUCGACAUCUUACAUAUUAGAUGUUGUCAUCCUGUGAUUAUUUCAGGAUCACAACAAAUUGGAUGGAGCUCUGUAAAUACUGUAAAAAAAACUGAAUAAUUUAAUUGACACGAUAUUUGUCCGGAUUUUGCGCGUGCCGAUUGCCCGCAAUAGCUGCGACAAUACUGCAAUGAAAUACCUUCACUUUCUUUCUUCAGUGUAAAAAUAUCAGAUUUUUCACCGUCAAAACGUACAUACCUCUAGUCCCAUAAGUAACACACAGGUAAAAGCACCAACAGGUUACCUAGAGUCCAAACGUAUAGUUGUCAACUGUUUGGAAAUAAAACAAAUAUUAGUGGUUG